AUGGCUCUAAAAAGGAUUGCCAUCUGGCUAUGGGGCACGGAUGCCCAGGACCGCGCUCUCCUAGCAAAGCUAGAUGUCACUCUUCUUCCUUAUUUCUCCCUGAUAUGGUUUCUAUUCGGCAUCACUCGCGCCAGCUAUUCGUCAGCCUAUAUCAGUGGAAUGAAAGAGGCGCUCGGGUUCGAAGGAAAGCAGUAUAAUUACAUGAAUACUGCUUAUUUAGUUGUUUACGCCGUUUGCCAAAUUCCCGGAACCAGCCUUCUAACAAUUCUUCGCCCUAAAUAUGUCUUUGUCACCGCCAAUGUUACCUGGAGCGUAUUGACACUGAUCACCUACAAGAUGACACAUGCUUGGCAGGUUAUUGUGCUUAAUGCUAUAGAAGGUGGAUUCUCGGCCAUUGCAUAUGUUGGGGCUCAAUUUAUUCUCGGCUCAUGGUAUCGAAAAUCCGAGCUGGGGGUGCGAGCUGCUGUCUUUUGCGUAUUUGGUCAACUCGGAACAAUGUCUGGUGGCUGGAUCCAAGCUGGGCUGCUCCAGACGCUCUCUGGGAAAGGUGGGCUUCCAGCGUGGAAAUGGAUAUUCAUCAUUGUUUCCGUUAUGACAAUCCCAGUUGCAGCAUUUGGUUGGGUUUUUAUCCCCGAUUUACCUGCUCACCGCGCUGCCUGGUACCUCACCGAUGAGCAGAAGGAGCAUGCAGCUACCAGGCUAGGUCCUAUUCGCAAACAAUCAUGGGAUCGUACCGUGUUCAAGCGAGUGUUACUAAGUUGGCAAUUUUAUCUCUUGCCAACGCUCUUCAUGUUGUAUUCGCUCUGUGUGCAGAUGCUACAGAACAAUGUCAUGGCAUACUGGAUGGCCUCACGAGGCUACUCGACAAUCCAGCAGAAUAGUUACCCCACUGGUAUUUAUGCAACAGCUAUUCUCGGGACAGUUAUUUAUGCCGUCAUUUCCGACAAGGUGCAGUCUCGCUGGGAGGUAUCGAUAGCGAUCGGAUUGACCUUUAUCAUCGGCUCAGCAAUUCUAGUCUCCGGGCCUGCAAACGAUGCCGUAUACUUCUUCGCAUUUUAUUUGAUGGGCACUACCUUUGCACCGCAAGCCGUGUGGUAUUCCUGGAUGGCCGACGUGACAAGCCAUGACUUCCAAUUACGAGCUAUCACGACUGGAUUUAUGAAUUCAUUCGAUUUUGCGUUUGUCUCGUGGUGGCCAUUGAUAUUCUAUCCAGCGACAGACGCCCCUCAUUUCAGAAAGGGAUAUAUUGCAAGUCUAAUCACAGGAGCGUUGACCCUACCUUUUAUCGGCAUAAUUGCAUAUCUUGAGAAGAGGGACACAGCGCGUGGGAUUAUCGGAAGGCCUCCUGCCAAUGAUUUCCUUGAUCAGGAACCAGAUGAUGAACAUCAUGACCCGGCUCGACCUGUGGAUGAUGAGCGUGCGCCAAUUAAUGUUCAGCCAAAGAUAAGUGUUUACCUAUAA